AUGGAUCGCAGGAAAACCUUCAAAGUUGGCGUGAUUCUUGAUCUAGACUCAACUCUUGGCGACCAAAUGCGCAUGGCGAUAGAAAUAGCAUGCCAAGACGCCAACAACAUCUCAUCAGGAAGUUAUUACAUCAAACCAUAUUACGUGAACUCUCGCGCGAACCCCCUUGGAGCAAUUUCUGCAGCUGAAAAGCUGAUAAGAAAGAAGGUGCAAGUUAUUAUUGGCUUAGAGGCAUGGCAGGAAGCGACUUUAGUUGCCGAGAUUGCUAAUCAAUCUCAGGUACCGGUGAUAUCCUUUGCGGCAAACCCCCUACCACCAGCAUUAAUGGUGCAAACUAUGUGGCCCUCACUAUUUCGUAUGAGUUCUGAUGUAUCCGACCAAAUUAGAUGUAUCGCAGAUAUAGUUAGUUCUUAUAACAGACGAAGAGUCACAAUAAUAUAUGAGGCGGAGGCAUAUGAUAAUAUCUAUUCUGAGCUGUUAAAUUCUUUAUCAGAAGAGCUUGACAAGAUCGGCUCCAAGAUAGAGGACCAAGUGAUUCUUCGAGCACUUUCACCUUCGGCAAGCGUGGAAAAGUUUUUGGAAGAGAAACUAGUGAAACUGAAGUGCAAGGCAUCCCCAAUAUUUAUUGUCCUAGGGUUAUCAUCUCGUGCAGGUGGCCAUUUUCUCAAAGAAGCAAGGAAGAUAGGACUCUUCAAUCGAAAUUCAAUAUGGAUUUUUGCUGAAAAACCAUUCGACAAUCUCUUAGCUUCAGUAGAACAUUCAAUAAUCUCAACCACCAUGGAAGGCACAAUAGGAUUCGUCACCUACCGUCCUGAAAACCAUGCAUCCAGAGACUUCAAGAUCAAAUUCUUGAAUAAGUUCCAUCAAAAGCAUGGAGAGACCUUCAAUUUUGAGCAAAGCAUAGAUGUUAGUCGAGCAUACGAUUCCCUCAUGACUGUAAAAAAGGCCGUAGGUGCGUUGCCAACUAAUGACAUUACCCCUGAGCUUUUGCUUGACAGAAUAUCGAGUGUUCGACUCGUUGGUUUGAGCGGGGUAAUACAAUUGAGAAAGAAACAAAGUCAAAGGACAAGUGCUUAUGCAAAUUCAGACACAUUGAAGACCCAUCGAAAAUACAUCCCGCAGAUGGUGAUUGGAAUUCCUCGUACAACUCCCUUCGGUAAGUUUGUGAAGGAGCAAAUAGACGAUGUAACUGGGAAAGCGACGUACAUUGGGUUUUGCAUGGAUGUUUUUGAAAAGGCGCGUCCUCAUGGUUUGAAUUAUACAUUUUUACCUCAUGAAGGAACAUACGAGGACUUGGUCAACAAAGUUCAUGACAAGAGUUACACAGCUAGCCUCACUACAAUGCUCACUCUUCAAGAACUUAAACCGACUGUGACCACAAUGGAGCGGCUUAGAAUUUCCAAAGCAAGAGUGGGUUGUGACGCUGUCUCUUUCGUCUGUGACUAUCUGAAGAAUACACUUCAUUUCUCCAAGGACAUCAUUAUCGGUCUAAGGAACAGCUCAAGGUAUGGAGAUCAAUUUGCAAGCGGUAACAUUGCGGCUCUUUUUUUGGAAUCCCCGUAUGAGAGAGCUUUCCUCGCCAAGUAUUGCUAUGGAUAUGCCGUAACUCAUGAGAACUACAGAUUUGGCGGUUUUGGCUUUGUGUUCCCGAAAAGCUCUUCGCUGGCUGCGAAAUUCUCCGAGGCAAUUUUGAAACUUUCAGAGAGCGGCGAGAUAAAAAGGUUAGAAAACAAGUGGUUUCGUCGCAAGUGUGCAAUGAGGAACGACGCCAGCGAGAUACCGAGGUUGGGCCUCGACAGCUUCUGGGGACUCUACGCUUUCACCAUCACCAUUUCCACAGCUUGUUUGCUAGUGGCAUAUCUCUGGAUGCGGAGGAACCGUCGAAGUCACGAAGAAGGAAGCAAUGGUGACGGCUUAAGUCAGGAUUUGAGUAUUUCAUGA